AUGUCUCGACGUCUAAGUGAAGCUCUUAUGAGCUGUCUUCGCUGUCUGGGAAAUUCGAAAAGUUGCGGUUGCUUCAUUGACAUCUCCGGCGAUGAAGAGCAGGCUGCUCCGCUUCCAUUAACAAAUCCAGUAUCUUCCCGAUCUGCCCCAGUUGCAACAGGCGCAGUUCCAGCCGAAGGUUCAAAUCAGCAGCCACAACCACAGCCUCCAUUGCAACCCCCUUCUCCUGCCCCGGUCCAAGCUGCAGCCGAGGCAGCUACUACUACUACUACAGCUUCUCAGCCGAUAUUGAACCAUUCAGGAGCUAUUGCUGGGCCUUCUCCACCGAAUGAAAAUCUAAGUAUACUUGAAGCUGCAUUUGAGGAGGCUCCCAUCACUUUUCAGGAGCCCCUCAGCGCUACUGAUAUUGCUAAUAGACUACAAGAAUGGUUGAGCGCACCUGACCCUCUUUUUGACGAUGAUCCUGCUCUCGCACAUCUCAAGUAUAACAAGUUCCAAAAUGUUGGGGCUCAGCGGCGGCGAUGGAUGGAAGAUGCCAAUGAAGCAGAUUGUCCUGUCCAGCCUUCUACGUUAAAAUUUGCUGAUCUCAGGCAAAAUCAUAAUUUUCGCGAACCCAAGAUCGGAAAUAUUAACUGGAUACUGGAGGAUCAGGUGAAGAGGCUUGGGCUUCCUAAUGAGUUCGGUUCCGACUCAGGGCCUCGAUUUAAUAUUGAGGUUUCUAAUAGUAGCGGUUCUUCCGAAUCUGAUCCAAAUACGACCGUAUAUCUGCGAUUUCAGGGCGGUGCAUCGUACCUAGACUUCAAUUGGACUGGCAGUACUGGCCCAGGGAUUAUUGUUAUGGAUAACAUAUACCGAGAGCCUUGGUCAGCCACUCCGAAAGUUGCAUAUGUGGCUAAAGCCAUAUAUGAGUCUCAGUUUCCUCUUGGGAGUUUGAAGCAUGUGUUUGUCACGCGUAUCAUGAAUGUCAAUACAGAACGCUUCGUCCGUGAACGCCUGUAUACCGAAAACAACAAUCUCACCUGGCCAAAAACUGACACAGAGGAGAUAGAGGAUUAUCCUCCUAUUGAGUGGGAGAAUGGCACGGCAGGGUAUGAUGCCCUUCUUGGAACUACAUUUGGUAAGAUCCUCACUUACUUGGUCCUUAGCGCGUAUCCCAGGGGUAGUCGAACAAUUGCCCGUGUCGUCACCUGGCCGGUUCCUUUCUGCAUGCGUUUUGACAUUGAGGAUUUGAAGUGA